UACAGGCACGGCUUAACAACCGAAAACCUCCCCCCUUUUCUCUCUCUUGCUCUCUCUCUCUCUCUCUCUCUCUCUCUUACUCUUUCACUACUCCCACUAGUUCGUUGGCCCCCAAGAGAAAUGGACGACGAGGCGCAGAAAAUGGAGGCUCUGAAGAAGGUGUACGCGGAGAUAAUUCUGAACACGGCGAAAGAGGCGGCGGCGAGAGUAAUGGCGUCGGAGCGCAAGGCUCUCCGGUACCAGCACGAUCUGCAAUUUACGAAAGACGAGGCGCUUCGCGUGCUUUGCCGCUUAAAGCAAAUGCUCGAUUCCAAGGGUUUCCUCCUUGUGAUGUUUGGUUGUACUUGCGUCGUCUGGCAUUGCUUGAAGACAAGUGAAGCGGAGAUAACUUCUUUGAGCCAACAAAGAAAGAUUGAAGAGCUUGAAGCGCAGCUCCAAGAGGCGGAGGAUAUCAUAACUGAUCUGAGAUCAGAGUUGAAACAAGUAUGGAGUGAAUUGGAGAGGGUAAAUAACAAUCAAGUGAAGCCUUUGGACGAACAAAUGACGAGGGAAGAUGCAUCAUUUUCCUACAAUCCGAUACCUGAGCCUAUCAUACUAUCUUCUUCAGCUACAGGACAUGAAACUAUUCCAACUUCUGGCCCGAAGAACAUCAAAGCAAAUAGAGGUAUUGAGCAUAAGUGCUGUAAUGAAAUGAAACGAAGUGUUUCUGAUUUGGAUAAAUUUUUGCACCUGACUCUGACCUUGCCUCAAUAAUCAUGAGACCCAAGGAGCCUGAGCUGCUCAGAAAUGGAUGCACACAGAGAAUUCGUGCUUUUGAAAGAAACUUACUUGAUGAUAAACCGCUGCCUUCUGGAUAUGUAGACAAUAGCAUUUGCCAUGAGAAGAAUGAGUUGGUCAUCAAAGCAAAUGACAAGGAGGAAGAAAAGUGUGGUUCACCCUCUUUUAGCGACAACAGCGUGGAAGAAGUUAAUGGCCCAUCUUUGGAAGAGACCAAAAGGAAUGCUAAAGCGCACACAUUACGAAGAAGGCAGACUGGAUUUGGGAAAGCCAAAACCUCGGGCCGAUAUCGUCCUAGUGAGCUCAUGAAAUCUCACCAACAAACUUCUGUUCCUUCUCGUUGUAGAGUAUAUUCAGUCAAUGGAAAAGAUAGUUCUCAAAAAGAAGCUUGCAUCCUGCCCUCUAUCAAGACCAAGAAUGUAGACAUGACAGGAACUUCCAGUGGGUUGGAAGAAAGUUCGCAGCAUAGUAGCUGCUAUUUCAUGGACAGAGUUAAGAAUAUUCCGAAGGGAAAAAGAAAAAGGAAAAUGAAAAGUAAGAAUGACAUUACAACCUCACUCACGAGUACUGAUCAGCCGUCUUCUGUUCUGUCCCGCUGCAGGACUUUUGCGUAUUUACUUUAUGGUGGUGUGAAAUCUUGGGAAGAUCAACCAAUCACAACUGAAAAUGCGGCUAAGAUGAAGUCAUUGCCCCGUCUGGAUCCUGGGUUGAUAUUAAUGAGAAAUGAUGUGGAUCCUAUAUCAGGGUCAGCUAGUGUCACGGUGAGCAUGAAGGGGAUGAAUAAAUCUGGAACUGUCCAGGAUGCAGCAGACAAGGACAUGGAGUUGAUAGAUGUGCCUGUGUUGAUGACGGAAAGUGAUGGUAUUGAGAAUUCAGAGGCCCCGAAUUCUGAACUCGACCUUUGUUCUGUUGAUGUAUCACUAAUGAACUCCAAGUUAAAAACUGUCAAAGUGUCAUUGAUGAAUUCUGAACUAGAACAUGUGAAUGCAUCAUUGGUGAAAUCUGAAUUAAAUGAUGCAAGUGCAUUAUUGAUGAGUUCUGAAUUAAAAGAUGUGAGAGCAUCAGAACAAUCAAAUGGAUCUCCUAGUCGUGUGGACAACAGCAGACUUCUCAAGUACACAUUCCAGAGGAAGCGCAAGAAUUCCUCAAGGAACCCUGGUGAAGAGAGCACUGCUAAGAGGAGGAUGGAAGAGAAGGAAUGUGUUGCACAACAGCCACAAACGACAGAUGAAUUAUCUAGGGACAGCCGGCGACUAGCUCAGGUUGCUCGACAGCUCAUAUCAUUGUCUGGGAAGAGAUGGGAUUAAGAACCACGAUCGGAGGUAGUUUUUGAAGGAUGUUUUUCGACAAAAAUUUGACAGACAAUUGGCUGCAGAGUAUCAGGGGAGAGAGAGGGGGCAAGAGAGAUUUAUGAAUCUGCAGUAAUGUCCGUUAAUUCGCAGUUUUUCAAUACUAUUUUUACAAAUCCAAUACCGGUUCUAAAGCUUCUCCCAAGAUGCCUCCAAACAUUAUUCUCUGCGAUUCUCGUAGCUGCUCGAACAAGUCAUCAUGUGAGUUAGGUCAAUUUGGUUAUAGGCAGCGUGUCCGCCUGCUUGCAUCCGAUUCAGUCCCCUCAGAAAAUUAGAGCAGUUUAGAAUGAUAACCACUUCACAGUGUCUAGUUUCUGAAAGUUUGGGCCAUUUCUUGUUUACUUGGUUCUUUUUUCUUUUGUUUUGGUCCGCAAAGGGUGCAAUCUAAAAACCGAUGCAAUUCGCUUCCAAAGGUCUGCUCACAGCAUAACGAGCUGGUUUUUUAAUUUCA